CCAGAGGGAAGCCUGAGAAGACCAGGUCAUCUGGAUAGAGCAGCAACAGGUAGUUGAGCCCGCCCUGCACGCUCCAGCAGUAGAGUGGGCGGGAGGCAGAGUUACGUGAGGGAGCGCGGAGUGAGCCAGCCUGGGUCCGACUCCAGCAUCCGGCUCAGGACCUAGCGGGGUCGGCCAGGGCCCCAAGCCGGCGUUACACCUCCUCUAAGGAGGAUAGACCGCGUUCAAAGGGAAGGACCGAGCGAGGCGACAUGGCCUCACCAUUCCUGCCUGCGGGGGCCACCACAGGGGACAGCGGUGGAGAGCUGAGCUCAGGGGACGACUCUGGUGAUUUGGAAUCCCCCCACAGCCCGGAGACCGAGGAGUCCAGGAGCCUAGCAGAGCUGUUUGAGAAGGCUGCUUCGCACCUCCAGGGCCUGAUUCAGGUGGCCAGCCGGGAGCAGCUCUUGUACCUGUAUGCCAGGUACAAACAGGUCAAAGUUGGAAAUUGCAAUACUCCUAAACCAAGCUUCUUUGAUUUUGAAGGAAAGCAAAAAUGGGAAGCAUGGAAAGCUCUUGGUGAUGCAAGCCCCAGGCAAGCAAUGCAGGAAUAUAUUGCAGUCAUUAAAAAUUUAGAUCCAGGCUGGAAUCCUCAGAUAUCAGAAAAGAAAGGAAAAGAAACAAAUCCUGGUUUUGGUGGACCAGUUGUUAGUUCUCUAUAUCAUGAAGAAACCAUCAGGGAAGAAGACAAAAACAUAUUUGAUUACUGCAGGGAAAACAACAUUGACCAUAUAACCAAAGCCAUCAAGUCAAAAAGCGUGGAUGUGAAUAUGAAAGAUGAAGAGGGCAGAGCUCUACUCCACUGGGCAUGUGAUCGAGGACAUAAGGAACUAGUCACAGUCUUACUACAAUGUAGAGCUGAUAUUAACUGUCAGGAUAAUGAAGGUCAAACAGCUCUACAUUAUGCUGCUGCCUGUGAGUUUUUGGAUAUUGUGGAGUUGCUGCUGCAGUCUGGUGCUGACCCCACUCUCCGAGACCAGGAUGGCUGCCUGCCAGAAGAGGUGACAGGCUGCAAAGCAGUUACUUUGGUGCUGCAGCGGCACACAGCUGGCAAAGCUUAAUCAAAAGACUGGAAAACCACAGUCUGUAAUAGUAUAGGGCUUCAAUUAUGAAAGAAAACUGCAAAAAUAAUACUUCUUUACCCCCCAUGUUUGGUAUGCAUUGGCUAAUAAAAUCAGUUCUGAGGAAUUGGGA